GCGAGCUUCAUCACUCAUCAGUAGUUUUUGUUUACAUUGUUCAAAUAGAACGAUAUAUAUGUUCUUGAUAUUAAUUUGAGAGAAAACAAGUGCACAUUUUCUGUGAAAAUCGCAAACUGAAAUGGAUCAAAAAAAAAUCCGUUAAACAUUUCAUCUAAUGUGCUGCUUUUAAAUAAAAACAGUUAAACAGGGAUAUUAUGUCUUUUGAAUUUUCAGCAUCAAAGAGACAGAAAAAAGGCAGCAGGAAAAAAUCAAAUGGAAAGAAAAGUGCGAAAAAUGUUGUUGAAAAGUCGAAGCAUGAAAUUGAAAAUUUUACCAAAGAGCAGAUCACAGAACUUGAAAAAGAAAUGUUUUCAAUUAAAAUUAGUGAAAUGGAAAGGAAACUUACUAGAAAAAAACAAAUGUGCUUCCAUAUUGAAGAGAAGAAAAAUCUUUAUGAAGCUUUAUACAAAGAAAAAAAGGUACUAAAAAGAGAGAGUAUGAAGCUGUUAAAUAAUAUCUAUGAAGAAUUUGCAAAUGAAAUUUUUCUUUUAGAGCAUGAACUGCAUGCAAUGGAUUUAAAUUAUGAAGAGAUUUUAAAAGGAAAGGAAUUUUGUAUUGAUAGGAAAGAACAAGUAAAAAAGCUUUCCCAUAUAGAAUCAUUGUUAGAACAGAAACUAGCAGAAGUUGAACAAGGUGCAAAAGAUAUUGUGCAACUUAAUUCCAAAUUAGGUGCUCUUGAAGAUAGUGUUUCUAUCCAGGAGAAAAAUUUUGAAUGCUCAAGUCAAGAUUUAAUCUUUGAGUUUAAUACAUUCCUUAAGAGGAUAUUUGAAGACCUAAUCUCUGCAAUCAAUGAAAUUAUUGAAGAUACAAGCUUGAAACUUGAAUUUUUGCCUUCGUAUUAUCAGGCUUUGUUUAUGAGUGGAAAUGUGGGAACCCAUUGGCUAAAUUCUACAUUGGAGCAUUGCAAGAUGUAUUUUCUACAAAAUCAAGAAAUUAACAGACAUCUUACAAUGAACAGCAUAAAGAGAAAAAUUGAAGAGGAUUUUAGGAAAAACUUAUUGGAUAUUAGUACAUCAUUACAAGUGGAAGAAUUUAUGGGUAAUUGGGAUAAAAUGUUGAUAGUAUCAGAUGGACAACCAGCGGAAUUGCUUGAAACUGAAUUAUUUCAAAAUGUUCAAGAACAGUUCAAACAUAUUGAAUCCAAGAAAAAACUGGCUCUAUCUGAAAAUAAAAUAGAAAUACUAAUGAAGAAAAUUGAAAACUUGGAAAAAAUUGUUAAAAGAUUAGAAUGUUGUGGAGAAAAAAAUGGAGAGAAUUCCCAAUUGGCGCUAAAAGUCAAUGUGGCUGUAGAUAUCAUAAAAAGAGAGAUUUAAAUAUUUGUAAUUCUUAGCUUCCGAAAGAAAGAAUAUUUAAUAGUAUUAUCUAUCAUGAUCUUGUUUAAUGUCAAUAUUUAAGUAAUUUACUUUUUUGCUGUUCAGGUUGCAGUACAUUAAUAUUAUAAAACUUUAUACAUGCACUAUUGUUUUUGCAGUAUGUACUAGUUUACCUUAUGAAAUA